UACUGUUUUGGAGUUUUGUACAGUGUUUGUAGGUCAGAAUUAGAUUAUUUAAGUCCCUUUAAUGAAGUUUAAAGCGAUUGCUGCGACACGGUCCAAUCGGAAUACAGCAUGCAAGAUGUUUCUACCAAUCAGAGCUGUUUAUGUUCUUUGGCCUGUCAUUUGCGCUAGGAUCCCUGUCGAAGUGCAGCUCUGCGGCCAAACUCUGUCAAAAUAUCCAGCUUAAAACGCAUUUUCUUUCUCAUUCACUGACGAUGACUCUGCGGACUUUUGCAGUCGAUAUGAGCCGAAACUUCGCUGUCACCUUCAUCUAGCGACAGGUACCCACGACAAUUAUGGAGGCCUAAAGGUUGAGUGUGUGACGGGGGAGAGGGCCCUUUCCCUCUGGUUGGAAGGACUUUGUGGAGGGAAUCCACGGAAGGUUGUUAGAAGUUGUUGCCUUUUCUAUAACACCUCAGAAGAACUAUAUAUAUAUAUUUUUUUUUUUUGAAAAGAGAGAAAUUAUAUAUUUGUAGUUUUGUAUUUGUCGAUUUUGCAAUGCUGCUGAAUGUGCCAAACAAGUGUGCCUCUUGUGUGCGUCCGGCUGCUGUCAUGGUGGAUUGAGCUGUCCUGAAACAGGACCUGGGGUCGCUAGGGUGCGGUGGAACCCCAACACAAGCACAGUCCUAGCGCCCCAACACACACCACAGACAACCUGCCACUGUUUACUGUGGGGCUUUUCCUCUGUUACUAUUACUGCUAUUCAUAUCAUUGGAAAUCCAGCUUGUGCUCUCAUUUGCAUUGGUUGUGUUUCUCACAGGGAGGUAGUUCAGGGAUUGUGUUGAAAUUACUUUCAGAGGGGGAAAGGGUUUCGGUUGUGGGUCAGAGGAGGGGGUGGGGGGUCGUAGUGAGAGGGUGGGGUUGUUGUUACAGGCGGGCAUUACGGUGAGGUCAGAGAGGGGUCAGGAUGAGUGCAGCAACCCCGGAAUGCACGCCGAAGUGCCGCUCUCUGGUGCACGCGGACGAGGUGCUGGCGGCCAUGACCGCUGGCUCGGAGGGUCAGCUGCGGGCCUUCCUGUCGGGACACUGCUGCAACGCCAGCACCCUGCGGGACGAGCACGGCCGCACCGCCCUGCACCUGGCCGCCUCGCUGGGCAAGCGAGCCCUCCUGGAGUGGCUGCUCGACAGCAAGAGCGCCGACCUGCUGGUGAAAGACAAGGAGUCGGGCUGGACCGCCCUGCACCGCAGCAUCUUCUACGGACACAUCCACUGCCUCAUAUCACUUGCCAAGCAUGGAGGAAGCCUCACCACCCAGGACAAGGAGGGCCUCACUGUGCUGGACCUGGCAAUGAAGGACAGACCGGCACAUGUUGUUUUCCGUAACUCCGACCCAACGGAAGUUUACACUUGGGGGAACAAUGCCAACUUCAGCCUUGGUCACGGAAACCAGGAAAGCCGUCAGCACCCCGAAAUCGUGGACCUGUUCGCCAGGACAGGCGUUUACAUCAAACAGGUGGUGCUGUCGAAGUUCCACUCAGUGUUCCUGUCUCAGAAGGGACAGGUGUUCACCUGUGGACAUGGACAGGGAGGCCGAUUGGGACACGGAGAUGAACAGACGUACCUGGUUCCACGGGUGGUGGAGGGGCUCUUGUCCCAUCAGUGCUCUCAGGUGGCUGCAGCCAAGGAUCACACAGUGGUCCUGACUGAGGAGGGCUACGUCUACACCUUCGGCCUCAACACCUUCCAUCAGCUGGGCCUAGUCCCUCCCCCUGCCUCCACCCACUUGCCCAAACAGGUAUCGUCCAAGUGUCUGAAAGGGAGGACUGUGAUUGGCGUAGCGGCAGGAAGGUUCCACACAGUCCUGUGGACACGGGAGGCGGUGUACACCAUGGGACUGAACGGGGGCCAGCUGGGUUACCUCCUGGAUCCAAACGGAGUGAAAUGUGUGACUGCACCUCGCCAGGUGUCCGCCCUCCACCACAAGGAAGUGACCAUCUCCAUGGCAGCGGCCAGCAACGGGGCCACCGUGUGCGUGACGGAGAAGGGAGACGUUUACCUGCUGGCUGACUACCAGUGCAAGAAGCUGGCGUCCAGGCAGCUGAACAUUAAGAAGGUUGUGGUGAGUGGGGGCAGCCUGGACCACCGCAUGGCCCCCCAGGUUCUGAACGAGGCGGGCGGGGAGAAGGUGUCAAUCCUGGCUCUGGAUCAAGCUGGAAGGGUGUUCAGCUGGAAGGCGGCGGGCAGCUCUGUGAAACAGUGCCGCUGGGCGUACGGGCGGCAGGUGUUCAUGUCGGACAUCGCGCUCAGUAAAAACCACAUGAUGUUCGUCACGCAGGAGGGAGAGGGCUUCAGUGGCCAGUGGCUGUCCGAGCACAAGAAGGGCGGAGACAAAAAAGACGCAGGGGGUGGCGUGGAGCUGACAGGUCAUUCUGAGGUCAGUGGGGCCUAUGAGCGAAUCCGCCUAGAGCGGCUGCCGUAUGUCCACAGAGCCGUCAGCAUCACCAUGGACUCCAAGGGGCGCAACUUUGGGGUCCUGCAGUCUGACCCCAAGACCAGUCUGUUUGAGGUCCCCAGCGUCUCCCCCUCGUCCUUCUCCCAACACUUCCUGAACCUCCUGUCCUCUGCCGACGAGAUGGACAGCAUCCACGACGUCACGCUGCAGGCCGGCACCCGCACCUUCCCCGCGCACAAGUACGUCCUGUCCAUGCGCUCGGACUUCUUCCGCAAGCAGCUGUACCCCACGACGGAGGGCGGGCGGCCGGAGGAGGAGGAGGAGGAGGAGGGGGUGAGGAAGAGCGAGGACGUGGCUGGCUGCGACCUGCUGGUCCUGGAGAAGAUCCCGGCCGAGAUGCUGGAGCACACCCUGCGCUUUGUCUACGCCGACUCGUGCGAGCUGCUGGUGCACGGCUCGCGGCCUGGCCCGCCGCCCCCCCAGGAUCCGGCCCUGUCCGGCCUGCACGACCUGAGCCUGCCGGAGGGGCUGCGGGGCCGCUCCGCCCUGGAGGUGUACCGCUCCCUGCCUGCGGCACAAAACAAAAGCACCAAAACCAGCAAGAAGAACAAAGGGGGCGGGGCUGGCGAGUUAGCGCCCAAUCCGGUGAAGACUCUGCAGGGCGUGGCCAAGAAACUGGGCGUGGGCAGUCUGUCAGCACGAUUGGAUGGGGUGAAGUAUGAAAAUGGGAAAAUCAGUGUUGUUCACAAGAAGUCAGGAAAUAAGCCCAAAUUCAGCCAGAAAAAGUGCUCCUACCUCUGUGAUGUCACUCUGAAGUCUGAAGAUGGGAAGGAGUUUGCGUGCCACAAGUGUGUGCUCUGUGCCAGACUUGAAUAUUUCAACAGCAUGCUGGGGAACAGCUGGAUAGAGGCCACAAGCUGCACUGCGCUGGAAAUGCCUACUAGUGCUGCGGUCCUGCAGGUCAUUCUGGACUACGUUUACACCGAUGAGUCGAUUGCGGUGAAAGAGUGUGAGAACGUGGAGUUCGUGUGCAACGUGCUGGUGGUGGCGGACCAGCUCCUCAUCACACGCCUCAAAGAGAUGUGCGAGGUGGCCAUCACCGAGAACCUGACUCUUAAGAACGCCGCCGAGCUGUUGGAGUUCGCCGUCAUGUACAACGCGGAGCAGCUCAAACUCUCCUGCCAGCAGUUUAUCGUGCUCAACAUCGCCGCCCUGCUGGAGUCUCGAGCGCUGGAGGUUCUUAGUGAAGAGGUGCUGCUGGAGCUGUCUGCUGCCUACAGGAGCAUGAUCCCAGCCAUGAAGAAGCGUGUGAUCACUCCCUCUCCGGUCGCCCCCGACCUCAGCGGCUACGAGGACAAAGACUGGGACUCCUCACUUAGCACGAAAAACGAGAGUGAGCUGGACAGCACUUCCAGGGAGACACUGCUGAAGAAAGCCAAAAUGAAAGCGAAACGCAAACCGAGGCGACGCUCAGACAGCUCUGGGGGGUACAACCUGUCUGACAUCAUCCAGAGCCCGCCCACUACAGGUCUAGUGAAGUCAGGAAAGACAGGCUCCAUGGAGUCACUGCAGGAGCUGCUCACCUCAGACUCAGAGGGGAGCUAUGCUGGCGUGGGCAGCCCCCGAGACCUGCACUCGCCCAUCUUCCAGGAGAGAGCGGAGCUCGAGGAGAGGUCCCGGAUCCUGAGCCAGAAGAGUCCACCCCAAACCCCACCCGCAGGGAUCAGACCACCCCUGCUUGCCAACAGCUCCACCCCUCAGCCUAUCCCCAGGCCCCAAAUGAAUCCGACUCGGCCACCUCCAGUUCUAUAUCUCCGAGACAUCAUGGAGACAGAGUCGCAAAACCUUGGAGCUACGCCCAAAAGUCCUGUAUCCAGCAGCAAGACCUCUCCAUUCCCAGCCAAGCUCUCCCAGAAGCAAAGGAAGAUGAUUGCCAUGGUGACAAAAGAGGGUGGGCCAGAGGGCUUUCCAGCAGUGUCUCCCCCUGUGGUCACCCCAUCCAAGAAUGGGAAGGCAUGGGCAACACCGCUGCAGUCCCCCCUGUCUUCCCAGUCAUUCCGGGACCUGCUGGAGGAAGAGGAGAGGCGGGUCAAGGCCGCUGCGGUGCCGGUGAUUGCUUCAGGCAGAACCGCUGCCGUGCCUCAGAUCAGUGCUGGCAGAACAGCUACAGCACCUGUGACUAGUCCAGGGGCUCUGCCCUGCACCCCCAGGAGGGUGACGUUUAAAUGUGCUGAGUCCAACGACCUGGAGAAGCCAGCGGGGCCUUGGUUGGUAGCAGCAGUUGGCAGCCCCCCUGCGGGUGCCAUGGUAACCUUCGCUUCCAUCGUAGAGGAGGAGCGGCAGCAGGAGGCGGCGCUGAUCCGGAGUCGGGAGAAACCACUGGCGCUGAUCCAGAUCGAGGAGAGGGCAAUCCAGGAUCUGCUGGUGCACUACAGAGCGUCCAAUAACCCUGAUGAGCUCAUUGUGGUGGAGAGAGCUGCCCAGGGCCCUAUUGCGGUCCCCACCUGGCACAAACACUGAGCGAACAUAUUCGCAACUUAUCAGCGAUGCGUCGGAUAGCGUAUCAGAUGCGUGCUUCCUCAUCUCCUUUUAAGGUGUUCCCCAGAACCCCUCCCACACUGGCGGUGUGUCUGACGCCAGUCUUCACUCUACAGAAUGUAGUGCUCUAAUCUGUGGCAUAGACCCAUUUCCUGUGUUUUCCCCCCGCAGUUUCUCCUUGUUGGAGUGCGGUUGGCUUUUCUCUUCUCAUAACAAGAAUGUUUUCUUCCAAAAACUGUCAGCUGUCACUCAUGGGAGGGGAGGUGGGGUCAAUGAGCUGCCAAAGAUGAUGCCUUGAGGAAAAAAUUGAGUGUAAGAGGAAACUAGGCCCAGACUGUGUUACCCAGCAGGCUUUGCAUGACUUUAUGGACAGGUUUAGGCCAGUGAGUGAUGCAUGCUGGGGCGUGGGCACAGAGCUGACAUGCAGAGCACAGCUUGGGCUCUGGAAGGCCCACAAGCCUGAGAAGUUGGAGUGAACUGAGCCUGUGUGGAAAGGCACCAGCGUUAAGUGCAGGAGACUGGAAUGGAAAACGCACAAUAUACAUGGCAAAAAAAAUCCUAUAUAUCUAUACUUAAUAUUUUAGAAUGUAUAAAUUCUAAAAUAUAUUCUAUAUAUUCUAUUCAAAAAGCUACUUCUGAGAGGACAUAUGCUUUGGCAAGGUGUGCGUGCGUGUGCACGCCUGUGUGUGUGUGUGUGUGUGUGUGUGUGUGUGUGUGUGUCUGUCACACAGGGAAGUGUGGGCGGUGUGGUGACAUUGUGUGGUGUAUCACCUGGAUCUGGCUGUCACUGAGGUUCCCAUCAACACAGCCAUGAAAAGAGAGCUAAAACCUCAGCUGAGAAACUCCUGCCUCCAACUGCUCUCUCUCUCCUUCUGUCUAGUAUCCACUGUGCUCACAUUCAUGCAGUGCUUGGGCAAACACACGCAUGUAUGCGCACACACAUCACACACACCUCCUAUACAUACACACAGAUACACAAGUACACUACACCUACUUGCAAAUUGGAGAACGCCCACUCAUAAGCAUGCACACACUGCCCAUACUCUUGUACACAUAUACACACGCCCACACACACAUCCUUCACUCCCCCAGGGAAGUGGUUUGCUCUGUUGACAGUGCUGUUUAUGCUCACUAUCUGAAGUGUUGAGAGUGUGCUACUUGGUUGGUGUGUGUUUACCUCCAUGUACCAAGUCCUAAAGAACUCAUCCCCAGACCCUUCUCUGACCUUCAGUUUGGGCUGCAAAGAGAAGA